UUUGUGCACAGGUGGGUGUCGCUGAACUGUCGUCGCUGAGCAGUCUUCGCUGGCUGCUCCAGCUCUUCCGGGUCCGAGCUCCGACACUCGGGAGGCCUGCGACACCGAGCGAGGCACGGGGGGCCAUGAGGUGGCCGCGGGGCGUGGCGAGGUCCGCAGGCUGACUUCUGCCCUCGAGGCCCCUCUUCCAGGCCAUCCCUGGCCCCCGCCCGCCGCUCCACCGGCGUCCCCGCGCCCCCCGCCAUGACCGCGGCCGCCGCCUCCAACUGGGGGCUGAUCACGAACGUAGUGAACAGCAUCGUAGGGGUCAGCGUCCUCACCAUGCCCUUCUGCUUCAAACAGUGUGGCAUUGCCCUGGGGGCCCUGCUCCUGGUUUUCUGCUCCUGGAUGACGCACCAGUCCUGCAUGUUCUUGGUGAAGUCCGCCAGCCUGAGCAAACGGAGAACCUACGCUGGCCUAGCGUUCCAUGCCUAUGGGAAAGCCGGGAAGAUGCUGGUGGAGACCAGCAUGAUUGGGCUGAUGCUGGGGACCUGCAUUGCCUUCUACGUCGUGAUUGGCGACUUGGGGUCCAACUUCUUUGCUCGGCUGUUUGGGUUCCAGGUGACCGGCACCUUCCGCGUGCUCCUGCUCUUCGUGGUGUCCCUGUGCAUUGUGCUCCCGCUUAGCCUCCAGAGGAACAUGAUGGCCUCCAUCCAGUCCUUCAGUGCCAUGGCCCUCAUCUUCUACACUGUGUUCAUGUUCGUGAUCGUGCUGUCCUCUCUCAAGCACGGCCUCUUCGCUGGGCAGUGGCUGCGGCGGGUCAGCUAUGUCCGCUGGGAGGGCCUCUUCCGCUGUGUCCCCAUCUUCGGCAUGUCCUUUGCCUGUCAGUCCCAGGUUCUCCCCACCUAUGACAGCCUGGACGAGCCGUCGGUGAAAACCAUGAGCUCCAUAUUUGCCUCCUCCCUCAACGUGGUCACUGCCUUCUAUGUCAUGGUGGGGUUUUUCGGUUAUGUCAGCUUCACCGAGGCCACUGCAGGCAACGUGCUGAUGCACUUUCCUUCCAACCUGGUGACGGAGAUGAUGCGCGUGGGCUUCAUGAUGUCGGUGGCCGUGGGCUUCCCCAUGAUGAUCCUGCCCUGCAGGCAGGCCUUGAACACACUGCUUUUCGAGCAGCAGCAAAAAGAUGGCACCUUUGCUGCGGGAGGCUACAUGCCUCCCCUUCGGUUUAAAGCUCUUACCCUCUCGGUUGUGUUUGGAACCAUGGUCGGCGGCAUCAUGAUCCCCAACGUGGAGACCAUCCUGGGCCUCACGGGUGCGACGAUGGGAAGUCUCAUCUGCUUCAUCUGCCCGGCUCUGAUCUACAGGAAGAUCCACAGAAACGCCCUUUCCUCCCAGGUGGUGCUCUGGGUCGGCCUGGGCGUCCUGGUGGUCAGCACACUCACCACCCUGUCUGUGAGCGAGGACACCCCUGUGGACUUGGCAAGGGAAGCCCCUGGCAUCCAGCUUGGGGAGGCUGAGGGUGUGAUGAAGGCAGAGGCAGCGGCCCGGCUCUCAGGUACGCGGCUCUCAGUCCAGGAGCCCAUCGUGGACGUGGCUGAGGAUGGCCGUGAGAAGCCAGAGCUGCCCAAGGAGAAAGAGGAGCUGGAGCAGGCCCAGAUUAAGGGUCCCAUGGACAUGCCUGGAAGGGAAGGCACCAAGGAGAAGCAGGAGGUGGCGCAGCUCGAUCGUCCGGGCCAAGGUAUUGCUCUACCCAUGGGCGAGGCCCACCGCCACGAGCCUCCCAUCCCUCACGAUAAGGUGGUGGUUGAUGAACGCCAGGACCGAGAAGGACUAGAAGAGAACAAAGCUCCAUCCAAACACACAGACGAAAAGGCUCCGGGGAACAUGGGUCCGAUGGUAUUGCCUCUGCCCAAUUCAGAAAGAGAGAAGUGGGAGCCAGAGAAAGGGGAGGUCAGGAAGAGGCCCGUGCAGGACCAGGCCUUGGAGGAAGCAGGUGGUCUUCCUGUGGAUCCCCAGAAGGUUCCAGAAGCACAUGGUCAGCCAGCUGUCCAGCCUGUGAGGGAGGACCUGGGGCCAGGUGACAAGGAUCUGCACCUGGGGCCCCGGGCAGUGUUGUCUGAGGAGCAGAACGUGGCAGCAGGUGGAGGGGCGAAGGCUGACAGCGCGCCGCUGCUGGGCAAGGCCACCAGGGACAUGGGGAGGCCCGCAGAGAACAGCGACCCUGGUGGGAAGGAGCCCCUCCCAGCAGAGAAGCUGGCUCCUGGGGCUGGGCUGCAGCCGGAGCCUCGAGAGCAGAGGGACGGGGAGCACCCAGGUGGUGACAAGACUGGCAGCAAGCUGGAGGCUGAAAUUAAAAAGAUAGUAGCAGAAGCGGGCAGGGCCGAGGUGCUGGACCACGCCGUCCUGCUGCAGGUGAUCCAGGAGCAGCAGGCCCAGCAGAAGCGGCUGCUGGACCAGCAGGAGAAGCUGCUGGCCGUGAUCGAGGAGCAGCACAAGGAGAUCCACCAGCAGCGGCAGGAGGGCGAGGGGGACAGGUCCAGGCAGGUGGACACGCAGCCCGAGCCCGGAGCACCUGCACCCAGAGGUCAGGAGGAGGAAGCCCACGUUGGGCAGGCCAGGGCGACGGUGGAGAACCCUCCUCCACAGCCUCUGGAACCUGUCCUAGGAGUGCCUGGGGGCCACCCUGCUGUGGCCCAAGAGCUAGGCCAGCAUUCCCCAGAGGAGCCUGAGGGGGCUGCGGGCAGAGACCUGGCCGGCCCUCCUGCUGGUGGAUCCGACACAGAGCCCCGGGAAGCCCAGGUCAAGCCAAGAGAAGGCAGGAAGGGCGCUGUGCCUGAGGCGGCCGGGGCUUCUGUGGAGGAGCAACUCCCCAAGGACCCAGAACAGGUGCCCCUGCCAGACCCUGCCGGGGUACCCAGGAGCCCAGAGAAGCACCUUGCUGAGGAAUUCCCCAGGCAAAGUCAGGAUGUUUUUGGUGGAGGUUCCCAAGAAAGCAAGAAAUCCAGAAAGAAGGCAGCAGCCACUGGUGCCAGCGCUCGGAAGGAGGCUGACCAGCUGGCAGCAGGGGCAGGGUCCCAGGAACCUCAUGCGAAGGCCCACGGCCUGGGCCCUGCAGCCGGCCUGUCUAGCAGGGCGGGAGCAGUAGCCCCCCAGCCCCAGGUCGUGGGAAGUCAGCUGGAGCCCCGGGCUGUCUCUGAUGGGGCUCAGGGUGGGCAGCAGGGUCAACAGCUGGACCUGGCUGGUCAGCCAGAGGCAGUAAAGGAGGCCCAUGGUGGGGAACACGCGCCUGCUCCCCCAGGGCAGCCAAGAGCUGGGGAGGACGCCACUGAGCAGGAGCCCAAGCAGAGGCCAGACUCUGUGCUUGGGCCCAGACCAGCUGUCCCUGGGGCUCAGAAGCCGGACAAUGCCAAACCCAACCGAGACCUGAAACUGCAGGCCGGCUCCGACCUUCGGAGGAGACGGCGGGACCUUGCCGCCCGUGCUGAGGGGGGGCUGGCCCUGAAGGAUGGGGUGGUCAUCAGCCUGCAUCCCCUCCCCGACGUCCGGCUGAAUGACCUCCGCAGUGCCCUGGACGCCCAGCUCCGCCAGGCCGCGGGGGGCGCUCUGCAGGUGGUCCACAGCCGGCAGAUUAAACAUCUGCCCGGGGCUCGGGAGGAGGCCUGAGCACUCGGCCACUGCAGAGGGCCACCCAGCCGCGUCCAGGCUGAAUUCACAGCCACGCUUGUGUUGAGUGAAAGUCUUAAGAUUUUGCUGUCCACAGCAUUGUUUUCAGAAUGUUCUUCCUGUCAUCCUGUCGCACUCUGAGGUCCCCCAAACCUGUCCAGACAGAGCUCACUGCAGCCCAUGAGGACUGGCCCCUGCCCUGCACUGGACAGUGCAGCCAUGCCCUGAGGCUCAGAUGCUGAGGAGACGCUGAGCCUGUGACCAGGUCCUGUUUCCGUCAGUGACGGGCCCCAUCCUGCCGCCUGUUGCCAGCUAUGGGACAGAAGCUGAACUGGAUGAUGUGCCCAAGGUACAAAUGCCUUUGACACACGGGCUACUGUGAGAACCACCCGCUUAACCACAGACUUCCAGUUACUCAGAAGCUUCAUUGUUGAUCUAGUGUUUUCCAUGAGUCUUAUAGAGAUUCUUAAAUAAACACUUCUGCCUUCAGCCUGCUGCUCUCAGCGAGUGCUAUGUGGUGUCUGAGGCGUGGGGAGUGGCAGUUAUGGACACACCAGAGGGGAUCGUCUGGAAGCCACUGGGUGAACACUGCCCUCUGUGCUGCUCAUGGCCUGCAGAACACCGAGAAGAGUGGAGUUGGUGCUGAGGGGUUACUUAAAGGAAUUCAGGAUUCUGGACAAUAUAAAGUGAUGACUAGAGGUCGUGAAAGAUGGGUACCAUUAACCAGAGGUCGUGUUGACCUGUCAACUGGAUGCGUUGCCACCCCAGAGACCCACCAGAAGCAGAGCUGCUCAGUGCUCAGAGGCCAUCCAGACCCCAGUGCCAGGCUAGUGGCCAUGCUGGCCUGCAGUCAGGGCAAGGCUCUUGGCUUUGUGCCCACUGGGAGCGGUAGGGAGGCCGCUGUGGUAAGUGCAGCGACCUGUGCUGGUGCUGUGUCUCCCUCAGCCUGCUGUGGCAGAGAGAGCCAGCUGCCCCGCAACCACCCGCUUCCUCUUGUCAGCGCAGCUGUCAGGGCCUUGCUCCUGUGAAGUUGGGGGAGAGUGUGGAUGUGAGGUUCCCCUUGUGGACACUGCUCGUUGCAGUCACCCUGGCCCGUGGGAGGCUGCUCAGUGGUGACCGAGGUCUGCCGAUGCACUUGAGAGCUUGGGGAUGGGACUUUGCCUCAAUGCAUGCCCCAGACCCUGCCACGGAGGACCACGUCUGCAGCACCCCCAGAGGCUUGCAGGGGCCUGGCCUUGGCCCCAGGUCCCACUCUUUCCCCUCUACCUUUUGAAAUCCUUUAUAUUUUUUAUUGUAGCUUCUUAACUUGAAAGGUGUCAUUGGGCAGCCUGAACACUAGAAAAUUAAUGAAGGGAGUGGGAGCUUCCAGGCCGAGCUAUGAUUCCUGCUAGAGCCUGAGAGCUGGCUGUGGGGGCCGCGAGCCCUGCCCUGCUCACGCAGGAGGCUAGUGCCCAGACAAGGGGUCUGGGCCUGGGGUCACCUUCCAUCCUUAUUUUCUGAUUAAAAACAGUUCCAAACAAA